GUUUUUCUCCCAGGCCCCUUAACACGAUUUAGUUAUGCAAGCUGCAGCACUCUGUCGUGCUCGUGCUUGCAGCCAGGACCGGCUCGCUGUUUAUGAGAGACGCUGUAAUUGUGGUAUCCCUGCAAGCCAUGCAGAGGGUAGCAUGCCGGGACGAACGCAUCUUCGAUUGUCUAUAUCACCCUGAGAGGGAGUAAGGCAGAACAACAAAAUGUCAGGGAACAAAUGCCCCUCCUGUAGGAAAUUUAAUCUGACAAGAAGGAAGCCUGGUAGUAGACUUGCAUGUCUAAACUGGCAUGUUGCAAAUAUGCAAGGAAUGGGUCUGUGUAGAGUUCAGCACAUUCUUAUUAUAUAGGCAUGCUUUCACAAAUAUAACUGGAAAACGAAAACAAAAUUUUGUUUCUCGGGGCUGUUACUUGCCUGUAAAAGAAGAAGAAAAAAAUAUAAGUUAAGAAACUGGUAAACUGACUUUUCAAACAUGAGAGCUUUAGCUUCUGUGCCAUGAACUUAUUUGAUUAACAAAUGCACUUUAGCUCAUAUUUCAAAGGUCAUAGUCUUCCUAUCGAAAGCCUUUUCAAAACUAUGGUUUAUACGCCAGAAUAUCAGCAACAUGGAAACUUUCAAGAUCUGGUCUACUCUUCUGGCUGUACUUUGUACUUUUCCCCAAAGGGUUACACCAUGUGGCUUAUCAACACACAUUGAAAUAGCUCACAGAGCUCUACAAUUUUUCAGCAAACAAGAUGGAAAUGUUGACUUCCGAAAGCUGUUACUAAAUCACCAAGAUGCAUAUCAGGCUGGAAGUCUUUAUCCUGAUGCCUUUUAUUCUGGUAUUUGCAAGAAUGGGAUCUUCCAUCAAGUAUCUGAAGAUACUCAUUGGGCGCCUUUUCUCAAUACAAGUAUCCACUACAUCAGAAAGAGUUAUCCUCAGCCCUGGGGAGAGGCUGCAGAAAAACUGGUGGCUUUCCUCUUUGGAAUUGCUUCUCACAUGGUGUCUGAUGCCAGCUGGCAUAGUUUGGGGAUUAAACAAGGAUUUCUGCAUGCGAUGGCAGCUAUUGAUUUUCAUGGCUCAUAUUCAGAAGCUCAUACUGCUGGCGAUUUUGGAGGAGAUGUGCUGAGCCAAUAUGAGCUUGAUUUUAAUUAUUUGGAUCCAAACUGGUAUGUGCCUGUCAAAGAUUUACUGUCAAUCUAUGAGGAAUUUUAUGGCCAGGAAGUCAUAACUGAAGAUGUGAUUAUUGACUGCACAUAUAUGCAACUUCUUCAAUUGUAUGGCGAAUUGUUCACUGUUGCCAAGCUUUAUCCCAUAUAUGCCAGAAAGUCCCCAUUUUUGGUGGACAAAUUCCAUGAAUACUUUAUUGGUGGUGUGGAUGACAUGGCAUUCUCAUCAAAUAACAUCUUUCAACAAACAAGUCAAAUGCUAGAGUAUGGGACCAGUGACUGUUUUAUUCCUGAGAAUCCUUUAUACAUACGAUGUAGAGAUGAAUACAAAAACACUGCUAUAAUCAAACAGCCCAAAACUCACCAUCACAGAAGUGUGAUUUCUUCAUUGGACAAAUCACUUGAUAAGAAUAUCAGCUAUACAGAGAGAGGGGUUUAUUUUGACAUGCCACCUUGGGCAACAAAUUAUCUUCAGUUCAGCAAUGGGGCUGUUGCAAAGAGUUUGAGGAGAGUAUUGACAGUCACCCAACAACAGUCUUCUAACCAUAUUACCAAGCCCAAUGCUGUGUAUUAUCUAAAAACUCCAUAUGCUAGACUUGGAUGGGCCAUGGCUGCAGCUGACCUAAACCAGGAUCGAUGUGAUGAUCUAAUAAUUGGAGCACCAGGAUAUAGCCGACUAGGAAACAUUCAGCUAGGACGCGUCUAUAUUGUUUAUGGUAACAAAUCAGGUUUGCCUCAUGCAGAGUUGGACUUAGACCAGGAAGCAGAUGAAAUACUGGAGGGUAAUAAGCCUUCAGGAAGGUUUGGUUCUGCUGUAGCAGUUCUGGACUUCAAUGAAGAUGGUGUAUUGGAUCUUGCUGUGGGAGCGCCAUCUGUAGGGUCAUAGGAGCUCAGUUACAGGGGCUCCGUGUACAUAUUUUUUGGCACCAAAGGAGAGGGUUUCCACAGCCUACCAAACAUUACCAUAGUUUGUCAAGAAAUAUACUGUAACCUUGGCUGGUCACUGCUGGCAGCUGAUUUUGAUGGGGAUGGAAAAAGUGAUCUGGUGGUUGGCUCUCCUUAUGCAUCUGGCGGUGGGAAACAAAGAGGAUUUGUGGCUACGUUUUAUUCAUUUUUCAACAGAAGCAACCAAGGCCUGUUGUCCAUAUCAGAUGCUAACUGGAUGGUGGAAGGAGAAAAGGAUUAUGCCUGGUUUGGAUCAUCACUCAGCAGUAUCCAGCUUCAGAAUAUGACCUUGUUGCUAAUUGGCAGUCCUUCCUGGAAAAGCUGUAUGGGUUUAGGCUGCUAUUUCUCACAACGUACCAAGCAGGCUGUUGGAAAGGUAUAUGGUUAUAUCUCAUCCAGCACGAAAAGCUGGUUUGCUUUAACUGGAGAUCUGGAUAUGGGGAGACUGGGUUCAUCUCUGGCAACAGGUUUCCUUUCUGUAGAAGGAAUCCGCAGGCAUGUGCUGGUAGCUGGUGCACCGACACAAGACAGCACAUCUAGGUUUGCAUUCAUGACCUCUGUGUUGCACCAGGCGGGAAGUGCUUUGAUGUAUGACUUGACUGACAGUGCCAAGCCGUUUCUGCUCAGCACUUAUAGUGGGGACAGGAAAUUCUCACGCUUUGGAGGAGAUGUACACCUACAGGACCUGAACAAUGAUGGACUUGAUGAAAUUAUUGUCACAUCACCUCUUCGAAGUGAUGUCAUGGGUGGACUGUUUGAAGAACAGACUGCCCGUGUGUAUAUCUAUAGUGGAAACCAGACUUCUUCGGGUAACGUGACAGACCACUGCAAAUCAUGGACUUCCCCUUGUCCUGAAGAUUGGGCACAAUAUGUCAUAAUUUCUCCUGAGGAAAGAUCAAGGUUUGGGAGUGCUGUGAUUACAAUAAAAUCUGGACAAAAGAAUGAAGUUGUUGUGGCUGCUGAGAGAAGCUCAGUAAAAGCACGGCUUAGUGGAAGGAUUUUUAUCUAUACCUUUUAAUUGCAUUAUUUUUUGGCAUCUCUUCAGUGAACUAUGCUUCAUAAAUCACUUUCAUUUUUGCACCCCUGGGGAUAUAACCACAGCAUCAUAUAUACUGUAGUGGACUGUUGUAUGAAUAAUGUUAACCUUCUAUUAGUGAACGCUGCUAUUCCUCUGGAAUUAAUGUUACUGUUUAAAGUGUCCAUAAUAGAUAAAACAACAGUUGAAUGGAAACUCUAAUUUUCAGUAGUUAACUAUUUUAACUAUGGUAUGAGAAUUCAGAUCAAACAUACAUGGUGUCAACUCUUAUUUUAAUAUAUUGUACUAUAGAAGAAAGUCCAAACCGAUCCAGAAAAUAUAGUUUGGUAUUUCCCACCCACAUUUUCCCCCUAACCUCUGCAUCCUUUUCAUUUCAGCCCAUUUGAAAGGAAAUAUCCUUUCAACUAGAUCAAAGGCCUGUGUCCAGUCACUAGUGUCUUUAUGUCAUCAAUGGCAGACAUUGCACUUUUAGAUGGUGCAGGGAUAAGAGGAGUUGCUACCACCACCCCACCCCACCCCAGCGAGAACUUAAACCAAGAGAAAGAUAAUGGCAUUUCCAGGUACUUCUAAACAGUACUUUAGUGCACUUGCACAGAACUGCAAGACAAAUAUCUAUUUGAUGAAUUCAUCAAGUUUUUAAAUGGUGUUAUGUCAAUAUUAGCCACUAGGGAUUUCCUGGGUUUCUACACCUCUUUAAAUAGCUUCUGCUUCCUACUCAAAGUGCAAUUUCACUUUCUUCUGGAUGUCAAACAAUUAUUUAGAUUUUCUGUAUUAUUCAAGCUAUUGAUUAAUGAAUGUCCUAAUUUAAUUUGAAAUCCCAAACUAAUGUCUUGAGUGUUUACUGCCUUGUUCCAUAGGUAAUAAAAGCAGAUACACUCUU